GCACGUGCAGGGAGGCAGGCACACCGAGAGCCAUGGGGCUAGUGUAGCCGUGGCACUCAAAGACUAUGCAGGAUUCCCCCAGCUCUCUGGUGAUGGAUGGAUACUCCAGCAAUGUCCUAACCCUCUGGUGAUGGAUGGAUACUCCAGCAAUGUGCCAGCCUUCCUAACAAAACUCUGGACACUGGUAGAAGACCCUGAAACGAACCACCUCAUCUGCUGGAGCAGUAAUGGCACCAGCUUCCAUGUAUUUGACCAAGGACGCUUUGCCAAAGAGGUGCUGCCCAAAUAUUUCAAACACAACAACAUGGCCAGUUUCGUCCGGCAGCUGAACAUGUAUGGCUUCAGGAAGGUGGUGAACAUCGAGCAGGGGGGUCUCGUCAAGCCUGAGCGGGACGACACCGAGUUCCAGCACCUCUGCUUCCUGCAGGGCCAUGAGCACCUCCUGGAGCACAUCAAGAGGAAGGUGUCAGUAGUGAAAAGUGAGGAGACCAAGAUGCGCCAGGAGGACCUCAGCAGAUUGCUAUACGAGGUACAGAUACUGAGGAGUCAACAGGAGAACAUGGAUUGUCAAGUGCAGGACAUGAAGCAGCAAAAUGAAGUUCUUUGGCGGGAAGUUGUUUCUCUCCAGCAGAACCACUCACAGCAACAGAAAGUGAUCAACAAGCUGAUUCAGUUUCUGUUUGGCCAGCUCCAAUCCAGCCCCAGCAGCACUGGGAUAAAGAGGAAGCUACCUCUGAUGCUUGACAAUGGGAUCUCAGCCCCACAAGUGUCCAAGGUCAGCCGGCAUUUGUCUAUGGACCCCCUCCAUGACCCCUAUUUCAUACAGUCGCCAUCAACAGAACCUGCCUCUUGCUUAAACAGCCCUGCAAUUUCUGGUGGACCCAUCAUAUCUGAUAUUACUGAAGCAUCACCUUCCAACAUAAUAAAUAUGCAAUCCCCUCCUGAAAAUGACAGAGAGAAGUGCCUCAUGCUGAUCAAGGAAGAGCCAGUCAGCCCUGGAGUUAAAGCCCCUGCUGAGCCUGAUGUCCCCCUUCCAGGCUGCCGGGCUUGCUCCGAGCCCCCUGUGCUCCCAGUUGCCAUGGUUCAGUCUGUUUUGGAAGGCAAAGGGAGCUGCGGUGCAACCCCACCAGGGACCUCACAACCACCUGAGAGAAGAGGCAGAAGGACCUUGCUGGACAGAACAGAUAUUCCAGACCCAUUGGAGGGCAUGGACUGGAGUUUGGAAGGGCUGCAGCUGCUGCUGAGGAGCCAGCAGUAUGGGCUGGAGCCUGCCAGCCUCUUGGAUGUCUUUAAUCCCAAUUUAUCUUUGAGUGAGUGGAAUUUGGCUGAAGUGGAAGCCAGUCUGUCCCCGAUGCAGCGAUUCACAGUGGACCUGGAGAAGAAUGCAACUGAGCUGUCCUCAAAAGUGUUCAACCCACCGUUUAACAAUGCCUGCCCAGAGAAAGAUGUCAUUCUGGAAAGUGCCCAGCAGUUCGUCAUUGAUUGUCAGUCAAUCUUUGGAAACGACCUCAUCAGCUUGCCUGAAAGUUCAUCGCUUUGUGUUCCAUCUGAAAAUAUUACUUCCUACCUGUCCUCUGUGGGUGUCCAAGGGGACAUCCCACUAAACCUGAGCUCUUCACCUGACACCAAGCAGUGA